CCCCAGCCGCCGCCGCCGCUGCCAACCAGUUUCCAAACUCAUCGCUCGCUCUCGCUCUCACCCUCUCCGCCGCGGCCUCCGCCGCGCGCCUCACCGCCACGGCCGCCCCACCCCACCGCGGCUGAUCUGCUCCGACGACAGCCCGCUCUUCAUGUAGAUACAGCAAUCCGGUCUCGCUUGCGGUGGAGAAUCAGUUGCUGGGGCGUCCUGCGGCCGCGCGUCACGGCGCCGCAAAAUGACGGUGAAGGUGGAGCAGGACCCCGCGCUGGAGCUGCCGCCCAACACUGAGGCCGGGGCCGGGGCGGAGUUCUCGCAGCCGCUGUCGUCCGGCAAGGAGGAGGAGGAGAACGACGACGAUGAGGACGACGAGACCGACAGCGUGGGGUACGACGGAGCGGGGAACGGCGGCGGCGCGCCCCAGCUGAAGAAGGGGCCCUGGACGCCCGAGGAGGACAAGCGCCUCAAGGACUACGUCGAGGCGCACGGCGAGGGGAACUGGAACCAGGUGCAGCGGAACGCGGGGCUCAACCGCUGCGGCAAGAGCUGCCGCCUCCGCUGGGCCAACCACCUCAGGCCCGACCUCAAGAAGGGGCCCUUCGACGCGGAAGAGGUUGAUAAGAUCAUCAAGUUCCACAUGAUGUGGGGGAACAAGUGGGCUAAGAUGGCGUCCCAUUUGCCUGGACGCACCGAUAACGAAAUUAAAAAUUACUGGAAUACUAGAUUGAAGAGGCAUCAGCGAGCUAAUUUGCCUCUCUAUCCAGAACAUUUGUGUUCUCGGGUUCUGGAUCAAGACAUGAACCGUCACAUUCCUGAUGAGUCACGUGGCAAGAAACGAUCAAACGAGUUAACGCAGGAAAAAGUUGUUGGUAUGGAUGAUCUUGUGGGUGAUCUUAUGGUAUUUCAGCACCUUGACUAUGGUAAGGAUCCAGUGGUUCCAACAAACCCUUUGAAGCGCCACGCGUCUACUGGUGAUCUGUCAUAUGUGCAAUCUCUUGACAAGGUGGAGAACUUUUAUUCCAAUGAUUUGAACUAUGUAUUGACAAAGAGUCAGUCGGUGCCUCUUGGUAGUGCCACUGCCAAUGGCUAUCCAAUAUUUGAUGGCAAUCCCUCUACUUCUGGGACCAUACACAGGUCCAAGAAGACAGGGCUCCCUUCAUUCCAAUGUUCCAGCUAUGAAUUUAGUAAUAGCUGGUUGCUUCAAUGCCCCACGGCUUCUCUUAUUGAACAACAGCUUGACACCUGUAUUCAAUCUCCAGAGUCCAUGUCUUCACAAAACACUGGUCUGCUGGGUGAAAUUGUUAACAAGGGUGAUGCACUAGAUGACUGUACAAAGUCUGAAAGAUUGUUUGAAACGGUGUUUCCUCCUCUUGGAUACAAUAUAGUUUCACAAUCAAAUGCUUACCCUAUGAGGCAUCCUUCCUCUUCAGUCAUUGGUGACUGUGAACCUGAGGCCUGUCUUUUCGAUGAAAUUCAAGCUUCAAACUCACCUUCGGCAGGUUCUGAUGCUAUUUUCGCUUACGGCAAAUGUUAUCCAGAUGCUAGUUUUUCUGAUGCUAGGAUGCCUGGUACAUCAUUAGAAGCAGGUUUCUUAAAUGAUGAUCCACUCUCGAAGGACCAGUCCUAUCCCUACCUGUCAAGUUCACUUUUUGAUGCGGAUUCUUCUCAAGAGCCUAAGCUGUUAACUGAUGCAGGCCAAUGGCUUGAUUCUUUCGCCUGGAAAAGCAUGCCAGGUGCAUGUAACAUGCCUGACUUUCCAGGUCUCAGCAGUUCUCUAUUGGGCAAUCAGGGCUAUGGCCAACACAUAUUAGAGGAACCAAAGAACGAUCUUUUGCAACAACCACGAUUGCCUACAGGGUUCAAUUAAAUGGAGAUUUGUCCUGCUACAGUUUAUUUGAAGGUCACACGAGUCUUAGGUUGUUAAAUUUGUCUUAGGUUGUUAAAUUUGUUCGGUAAAGACCUCGAGUGCUUGAACUUCAAAUUCAUUUGGUUUGGUGUGACGUGAUGUUUGAACUAUGUACAAGAACUACAGUGUUUGAUUGUGUGGAGGACCUAUUUCAUUCUUUGAUGUAAAGGGUUUUAUUGAGACUAAUGCUGAGUGUUUUACUUGCUGUC